GGAAAAUUCUGGAGCAAGUUAUGGGCGGUCUUGGCGCUUUCCGAACCCUGCGCUAUGAACUGAUGACAUACUUUUGGACUGAAUACCAUUUUCACGUCACCCUGUCACCCUUCAGCAGUCCAAAGCUGUCACCUUUAUCAUAUAUCUGGCUGACACCUUAUCUCGGUACAAUACAAAGGCUCACUGUCGAGGCUGAUCUUACAAGAUUCGGCUGCAGUCAAUUAAAGAGUGCACCACAAUUUGGUUAUGAUCUAAACAGGAUUGAGUCAAAGCUUGUAGCUAUAGUAAAAGGGGUUUUGAAACGCCAGGGAAUGACUACCAUGGCUGAAUUCAACAUCAUGUGCAGACGUUACGCCGGUCUUCGACCCCGUAAUGACUCUGACAGUCCGAAUCCUGACUUUUGUUUCCCAGAAGUCCAAUACUGUCCUAAUGAAUGCAUGGACCUCUACAAUACUCUUUCCAGCCUUCGUGGAAUUGUUCAGUGCUCCCGAGUAUCCGGUUUUACACUCCAAUACUCGGAGAUGUUGCUCUGUGCUAUGUUCGCAGAUGGUAACAAUAAACCAAACUAUAUAGUCCCAGAAAGGCGUCCCUGGCCUGUUUUUCGCACACCAAAGGUUCCGUCUUCUCCUGGAGGAUAUCCAUGGACACCACUACCGGAAGGACCAUCCGUCUUCAGCACACCAAGAACUUCGUAUUCUCCUGGGGAAUACCCCUGGGCGUCACUACCAGAUCAAUCACCUACCUCACGCUUCUCAGAACUUCCGUACCCAUCUCAAUUUGAUCUUAAGCUCAACAAGAGCCCAAGCUUUGCCCAAGAGCUUACGCAAGACACACUUAAACACGAGGCUUCGGUCUCUCCUGCCUGCACUACUGCGCCUGGGAAAGAGACUUUGGUCAACUAUAAUCGGUCCCGUACCCCUAGGAAUCGGGCUCCAACAGCAAGUCAUGUGUCAAGAUUCCAAAAUCGCAUGCCCUCAAUCUCUGAAACUGGUCCAUCACUCGAUGAAGAAUCAGUGUUUCAGAAGUCAGUUAAGGGAAACCCAAUGCCCCGAACACGUUUUGGAGAUUCUGGUUUGUCUCGGACGGUAACCCACGAGCGAAACAUAACCCCGCCUCCGAGGAAGGAUUCUAGAUGCUCCACACCACCAAAGUCCCCAAACACAAUGAAUAGGUUGAACGAGCAGGAUCCGGCAUUUCGUCGAACCUUGGAUGCUUUACACUCGGUCGACAAGCAAUCCAGAGAUCCAUCCAAAAUCGCUGGGCCCGACUCUGUGAACAGUUCUCAUAAGCUGAGCAAGGAGGCCAAGGCUGGUGAUCAUUGUCAGACAAGUUCUGAAGAGCGCUCAAAGUUCGAUACCCCAAGUAGGAAGUAUUUAUCGUUCCUCAGCAGACUCAAAGGAGGUGGAGCUUUAAAUUGAAGCUGUUUCACGUGGUGUGGUUAGGCCAUUAGAGAACACCUAGUUGAAAUGCCCACAGACGGGAUGCAAAAUAAUUGUCCUACAAUCUCGAUACCCAAAUUGAUUCUGAUACCGUGUGAAUACUCAACAAGCAAUUCUGUGUAGUUGAGUAA